CUGGCGAGCUGGUUUGGGCUGGGCGGUUAGGGGUGCGGAUGGGCCAAGGGAGCCCGAUAGCAUCUGGGGUGGGUGCGGAGACCUCUCCCUGUAGGCUGGGCCCCGGUGAUGAUAUUGAUUGAAUGUGGGUGUGAGAAGAGGGAGCAUGAAGGCGAAGAAGUCAUCGCUUGCGCAUUGCUUACGGAAAGGCACACCUACUUAUCAUCUGGGACAGAGUUCACCAACCUUGUGUUCUCCAGAUAUCUUGGACUACAUCUCCCAUCACUCCCAGCUUGGUUGAUGGGAUUUAUAGACCCAUGUAUCUUGGGGUGCUUUUUUUUGGGUUAAGGAUGAUUCAGGGUAUCUGUUUGGAUUGAUGGAGUUGUGUGGGGUGGGAUGGAGUGGAAAAACGGGGGUUUAGGCAGGGUACCAUGACCAGUAAUAUUUGUUUAUUUAUGCACCCUGUGUCUCUGCCCAAAGUGGAAAGCAAGGCGGGGGUGUUGCUGUUUGGUAGGGGAGUGCAGAGGAAAGCACAGGCCUGCAGUACAAAUGUGUUCUGGGCUAGCGUGGGUGAGGCCUCUUUCUCCUAUUAGGAAAUGCAGUGAGGUGGCAUGGAAGCAGGAGAGAUGCCUUUGUGGUGAGAGGUGUGUGUGUGUAAAAACAAAAUACUGAGGGCUGGCUUUAUUUGAGGCUGGGCUUUGGAACAUGGCAGCUUAUCUCUAGUGUCCGUUUCUGCUGUGCCAGGUUAUGACCAGGGGAGAGAGGAUGUGGCUCUCUAUGGGGUCUGCGGUAGAGGGAGCCAUGGCCCCUGUUGAUCUGAGGGAAGUGGAAGUGUACAGAGAGCCAUACAGCUGAUGGGAAAAGUGAGUGCAUGUGGGGAAACAGUUACUUACAGGUAAUGAUGAGGGGAAGAAUGGGACCGAACAAAUGCAGAGGUGUCUUUGACUGCCUCUUACGGAGGAGCCUGUACCAUUAGGUUUGGAUUGCGGUUCAGAUCCUGCUCAGUCAUGAAAAUGAGUGGUCUAAGUCUAAGUCUUUCUUAAGUCUAGCUCACUCAAUAUCAGUGUUCCCAGAAACUGUCUGUAUACCUAUCAUAGCAGUCUGACCUCACAAGGAUAUUGGAUAAGUACAGAGCUUGAAGAGUAAAUUGGAAGACCAGGGGAGAAAGGAAACAUGUAUUCAGAAGACAAGAAAAUAUCAAGAUCAAAAAAGUAGCUGGAAUUUCCACCAACUAUUAAUUUGUCUUUCAAAGUUUACUAUAUUUCAAGGCAAAAUAAUUUGUACUAUACUUAAAAAUGAAAAAGACAGAGCUGAGAUAAAAUGACUUUCACAGCUACUAGAGAUUUACAGUGCAAUCCUGUAUCUAUUCUAAAGUAAGCCUCAUUGAGUUGGAUGCAGCUUCCUCCCAAAGGGCAUUUGGACACCAUGACAAUUACUCUAGUAUGCGAUCCCUCGGAAGCUAUGGAGCUCUGUGCUUCUCAGCAACUCUAUCUUAAGCCUGUAGCGAAAUUGGCAAUCAGUGUGGUGCUUCCAGAACACACCGGAUCUACCAGGGCAUUCUCUAAGUGGGAAGUGAUGGACAAGCUGAAGAAUAUGAUUUGUCCAGACCAGUUCACCAGUGUUAAGGUUUCAAAGAGCACUAAGGGUUUCAUUCGGUUUGAGGGAGAGGCAGAAACCAAGCAUUUGAUUUGUAGCCUUAAGGAAAAGCUCCAUGGCAAGAUGAUAAAACUGAAUGGUUUUAAAGAUGACUUGCAAGUGGUUGCUACAGAGGUGCAGCCUGACUUCUCAACUCCUCCGGAGUUGGAGCCCAAUUUGAACAAUAGAGAAUUGCCGGAGGAAGACUUUGCUGAGCAAAGCAAGGAUAUUCCUGACUGCAUCCAUUUGGAAGGAUUGCCAUGCAAAUGGUUUGCACUGAAAGGCUCAGAUAGUGAAACACCAAGUGAAGAAGUCUUGAGAGCAGUAUUUGAAGGUUUUGGGAAGAUCAAGAAUGUAGAUAUUCCCAUGCUUGAUCCAUAUAGGGAAGAGAUGGUGGGAGGAAGCGUGAAUAAUUUCACUUUUCGUGGCCUGCGGACAUUUGAAGCUUUUGUUCAGUAUCAAGAACCCACAUCUUUUUCAAAAGCUAUGGAGACACUUAAGGGAAUGAAGCUUAUGUUUAAAGGGGAUGACGGAAAAGCUCUUGCGUGUAACAUCAAGGUGACACCUGAUACGGCCAGCCAUUUCAGUGAGAGUGCCAUAAACCAGAGAAACCUGGAAAGAUUAACUCUGCAAGGGCUAGAGCGAGAAAGAAAGCGGGAGGAAAGCAGAGGGAAAAAGGGAACAGAAAGAAAAAGACGUGAUGAUGAUGAAAAAAAAGUUGCAGAAGGAAAGAGGAAGUCUAAGAUCAAGAGACGAGAAAAAAGACAGAUAGAUCGGGAUGAAAAACGCCCAAGAAAGCAACCAAAGGUAGCAGCUGGAGAAGAGCUGUGGCCAGACAAUAUGCCUGAAUGGGAAGAGAGGAAAUACCUUCUAGCUCAGAGAAGAGUGGAGUCUAUCAGGCUGCUUACAGUGCUGUUAAGCCAAAUAAAAAAUUUUGUGCUACCAUCUGGGCAGAGAGAGGAGCCUCUGCAGGAUCUUGAAAAUGAAAGAGAGGAUUGUGUCCAUAUACCCCAGCCACAGCAUGUAUUGACAGAAAAGAAAGACAUUCAUUAUCCUGAGCUUAAGGAUGAAGGAGAACCUGAGUGUCAGUCAGCCCCAUUGGAAGAUACGCAUAUUUGGGAAGGGGAGGAGGAACAGUGCAUUGUGACUGAGACUGACUUCCUUGCAUCCCCCUGCCCCCUUGGGAGAACUGUUUCCAAUGCGCCUGUUGCCAGAGCAAUCACCUGUCGCUUAACAGAGAAAGAUACAGACUAUUAUAGUGCCUGCGGCUUGUUACAGGUCACAGUCACUCAAGACUGCAAAGUCACAAGUUCUCCUGACAGAGGGGACUAUCCAGGACCAGACUUGGGGUGCUUCUCAAAAGCCUCCAAUGCAGACCGCUGCAAGAAGCAAAAAGUUUAUGAGACGGAGGAGUUCAUACAUUACUUACUCAAUUACUACCAAACCCCAAGCUAUGCACGAAUCUGCCCAGGGGCACAGAACUCGGAGGACAAGUCUUGGUGGCAGAGGGUGGUGUCCUGUAAUGGGAAUGGCUUCCAGGUCAGCCUAAAGAAUAAAGAUGGGGAAUGCUUGACUGAAGUGAGUUUAGUGCAAAACCUUCCUGAGAGAGACAGUGAUAAUUAUGAAUGGGAAGUAAUAGAGGAGGAACCUGAGCCCACGGAAAUCAUGCCAAAGAGCCAGGCAUGUGCUAGAGAGUUUAGCGAAACCUACCCAAUACGGUGGGCCGAUUCACCGGAGAGAACAUCACAUGAUGAACUGGAUCACUCUGUUCUAGUAAGUACUGGUACUGCUUGUGAUAAAAGGUCCCAAGAAGCGGAUACUGGAUUGGCCGUUGUGCCAUCACAUAAGCCGUUCGGCCAUGUGUAUAAACUGAAGGAUUUGUUGGAAGAGAUCAGCAGCGAUUCAGAAUACUUUAGUGAGGGACUCAAUGAGUCACGGAGCAAAACUGAGAGAAAAAAUGGGGGUUGCAGAAAUAGCUGCAAGGCAUGGCCUCUGAGCCAGCCAAGGGCACGAGAACUGCUGAUUUGUGUCCAGAAUGUCUCCUGUGGGAGUGAAGAUGGCAGGUGCAGCAAACGCAGCUUCCGCUCAAAUUCUGAGUUCCAUGACUCAACAAAGCACUCCCGGCAAAGGCUCAAGGCAACGUUCAAGAGAUCCAGCAGUAAAGUAAAACGAGUAGGACAAAAAAUCAGAUGGCCAUCCAGUGAAGAGGAGAGAGAAACCAGCAGGAAGAAGAAGAAGAAGAAGAAACAGUCUUCUGGAAACUCUUUGCUUGAUGCUGAACCUCACUUUCUUAAAACAAACCAUUGUGGAGAGCUAGAGUCCCUUGGCAGGAUGCAAAGAAAAUGUAGCAAGAUGUUCCACCACCACAAGAUGAAAUGUAAAACAUUUCAUGGCACAGGAGGAUCAGUAAAAGCUAAGGAUGCCAUCCAUUUGAGUGCCUCUCAGCUCCAAGAAGCUCACCAAGAGGCAGGGGGCUUGCUAUUAAGAAGAGAGGUGGAAGCAGAUUCCAAAGGAUGGCCUUUGUUUCCUGUUGAAAUAAUUCAAACAAAUCCAUGCUCAGAGUCAGUCUGUGGAGCAGAACUUGGAAGAGGAUGCUAAUUUCAUUGGUACUGGAGAAUGAUGGGAAUCUUGAGAUACUGUUCAAGGGCAAAGCUCAAAAUAGGUCCUUUUAUACAACUCUUUUAAGAACUUAAGUGUAAAACUAGAUCUUUGGUGAUACCGGCAUUUUUUAUUUUUUAUUUUUUGCCUAGGUUCCUCUGCAUGCUGGGUGACAGAGGGCACUGUGCUGAACUAUUUAGCUUGGUAAAAGUAGGUGGCAGAAAUCAGUUGGUGGAGUCGAUGUCUGUGCUAAUGAGGAAACCCUCCCAAAAAGGUCAAAAUGUUACUGCAAUGCAUGAUUUAAGUCAGGUUGAACAUUUGAGCCAAGGAAACGGAAUAGUCCCCGCUGCGCUACAGGAUGUGAGUUCUGCUCUCUGGUAACAGUACAGUUAGAGGAGUUACGCCGAAACUCCUCAUAUACUGGUCGAUUUUUUUUAAUUCAGAAGAUUCAAAAAGGAAGUGCCUCCUCAGUCGUUUUUAAAAGGGGGUGGGAGGGAGAUAGGAUGUGAUACUUCUGUGAAAUGGAAAAGGAACAUGUUUGUAAUUUUCUGCAGAUUUGGUAAUUUGUAAGGCCAAGCGGCCGUUGGCAUAACUUAAGCCAAAACCUUGCGGGCAUGUGUAGGUUAUGUCAGUCACUCUUUGCCUGCCCAGACCAUUUUUGGGCAGUCCCCAUUGGGUUUCCUGGGGAGGGAGGACUAGCCUUUUCCCACUAUGCUCUUGGACUACAGCUCCCAUAAUCCCCAGCCAGCGUGGGAGUUGUGGUCUGACACAUUGGGAAGGCUCUCUGUUGGGGAAGGCUAGUGUAAAGCAGCAGGUACCAUAUUUUCCAUCCUGUUAUCUGGGAGUUCUGCCUAUGCCUGCUGCCUGUUAUCUAACUGAGGGCAGAACUGCUUGUGAUGCAGGAGAUCCAUUAUCCGAUUUUCAGGCAUUAAAAAAAUAAAGCAGGCACAGUGGGCUGAGAUUAUCAUCAGAGCAGCAGUGCUGGAAAGAGUAUGGAUUUAGCGCCUUUCUCUGUCUGCCAUGUAACUUUUCCUGUUGGAAGAAGGCUCCUGUGCUACUGUUUGCUCCACGCUGGCAGAAAAAUGCCAGCAUUUUUUCUGAUGUGGACAAAAUAGCAACUUUGGGGGAAGGAAGGGUUAGAUCAGAGGAAGACAGAAGAGGGAGAAAAGGCCUAACUCUUCCUCUCUCCCCAGCACCCACAUUCCAAUCAUAUUGGAAUCAUUUGUGGGUGCUUUAAAUUGUUCUGUGUUUUGUUUUCUUUUUAAAGCAUGUCGGCAGCUCUCCUGCAUCCCUUACAGUUUGUCCAUGCAGAAUAGGUGGGAUUUGCUGAUGAAAUGGACAAAACUAAGCUAUAAUCACAGUGAAAUAAUUUCCAACUCUUAUGGUGUGUGAGACAACCAGGGAAAGCUACCUGGUCCUUGCAAAAGUUGUGCUUCCCUUUUCUCUUUGAGUUUACAAAAGUCAUAGGACUGACUACCACUCCUUUAAAAAAAACAGAGAGAGAAAUUUGUGAUGAAAGAAUGCCAGUUUUUCACAAGUUCCUUACAAGCUCGUGACACGUUGCUUUCGAUGACUGGGUCCGCUGAACUGAGGGAGCUUUGAACAAUGAAUGGGGGUAUGAAAUAUCCUUCAGUGCUGGUUGCUCUUCCGUUCUUCGAAUUAAGCCAUCUUCGGAAGUGCAGUACUUGGAGCCCACAAAGGCUGCUCCACACAGUUAUUGUUUAAAGUUGUAUGAAACAUGGAAUCUGCUCUGCAACUCCAUUCUGAAAACACUGUAUUGACUUCAGUGGGACUACACAAGAGCAAGUACCUUGGCGGUUGUCACUCACUGCACCAGAUGGCCACAACUUCUGUGGAAUAGUAUUCCAUAUGGAAAGGGAACAGCAACACAUUUUACUUCAAGUUUCCGCUUUAAGUUUGAUAUGCUUUAUUUAUUACAUGUCAUAGUCAUUUUCAUGUGAUAUGCAUUCCCCCACAUACCAUCCAUGUUUGUUACCUUCUGCUCCAAUAAAGUAGUAAUGAACUAAAGUAUGUAGGUAUUUGUUGUGUUUAGAUUGUGUUUGCACCAAACUGAUCAGCAGUGGUGAUUCUUAUGGACCUCUAAGCCCACUCUUUCUUUAAAACUGAACUAAGAAAAAAAUGUGGCAAACCAACCCUAUUUUUUUCCUACAAUAUUUGUCGCCACCUUGAAUUGAAUGUUUAACCUACCUGUGAAUAAAGCUGCUUUAUUGGGAAAUUCUUCCAGCAAUAUAUUAGAUACUUACUUUCCCUUAUGAAACAUUUGUAAGCAGAAACUCUUUCCCUAGGGCCUUUAUUUUCUUUGACUUUAUGUUAACUGUUUUGUGCAUGGACAUGCACAUCUUGAAUAAAGUGUUUAUGCACAUUUAAACAUGCAUUCUUCUUUGGAAGAUCCUUGAAGUAAUUUCAUAUUGGUAAGCAAGUACUAGUUAAAAUGCUGCAUUCCUGCUAUACAAAGACACCUUUCCCUCUAGAAGACAGGUCAGACAUGGUGGGCUUCCUAAAAAAGUAGUCAAAGUGCUCAUAGCAACAUCAUUCUUCUGUAGUCUGUGCUUUCUGCCACAGAAUAAAUUGCAUUUUCCUCUUCCUUCAGUGAAGGGAGAAAAGUGACAAGAAAAUAGGCUCAAACUAAACUCUCUUGGAAUAGCCACUGCCAAAUCUCUCCAGGACUAUUGUCAUAUGUGCAGCUGAGUUUUAUUUCUUUAAGAGUCCUUAACCAAAGUGCUGUGAGCAAUUUUGUUAAUUCUCCAAGCAACUAAAAUUAAGCUUCUGUAUAUUUAAAACAAGGUGCCACCAUAAUUUGUUUCAUGGCCUGUAGCAUUGCACAAAGCUAUUUGGCUAUUUGGAGAUCUUGGAUUGAAAUUGGGAAAAAUAAUCUCACUUUUCUGUGAAUAUGGAUGCUUCCUUGGUCAUUAAUUCCCUUCUGCAAGAAUCGGAAAAUAGAAAAUUCCAGUCCAGUCGGAAGCCUGCUGGGAAUAUCCCUUGAAAUGCACCCCAAGGACAAAAGUGGGAGAUAAAGUGUACUAAUGGCUCACUUGUUUAAUGGUUUUGGACUAUCAUUUUCAACAUUUAACUGUCUUGAAUGGCCCCCCCUGCUUUUUUUUUUAAAUAACGGCAACAUAACUGUUAACAUUUAUUGCUCAAAUCACCAUAAAACAGGUUUGUGAAAGUAACUUUAUGAAUGUUCCUAGAAAGCUUCCUCGAACUUUUAAAAAAGCGAGUUUGUAGACAUGUUCUGGUUCAAUUUGUAUUGCUUGAAAGUCGUGGUGUCUUAAUUAUGAAAAAGAAUAAAAUGUAUUUAUUUAUGUAAAAA